UCACAUAUAGCUUAAUCGACCCAAUGUGAAGUCUUGCUUUUAAUCAUUUAUACCUCGGAAACUUUCGGGAAUCACCAUAAGGGCUAGGAGGGAAAAUUGAAAAAUGUCAGAAUCAAAGGAUAAGAAUUCAUUGCCUUUAUCUCGUGUGAGAACGAUAAUGAAGAGCUCCCCAGAUGUGGCAGCAAUCAGCCAGGAAGCCCUUUAUUUAACAGGCAAAGCAACUGAAUUAUUUAUACAGAACUUAGCCAUGAUCUCAUUAGAAACCAAUGAAAGUAAAAACAGUGUAGACUAUAAAGACUUAGCUGAAGUGGUAAACUCAGAAGAUGUACUCCAGUUUUUACAAGAUAUUAUUCCAAGAAAAAUUAAAUAUUCUGAAUAUCUUUCCAUAAAACAGAAGGAUGAAGAUGAAAGUUGACAGAGUUAUCUUUCUUGAACUUGAAAAAAUAGACAAAAUAAUCUUGACUGACUUACUAGUCAGUCAAUUCCGAAAUGAAAUUACUUAUGUACUUAUGAAUUAUGAGAAAACAUGAAAUACACUUAUGUACAUGAAAUUAUAAAUCUGAUGUAAUUUCUAUUAGAAUCAUGCAGUUAACUUUUUAUAUAAAACUGAUACAAUCCAGCAUAUAUAUGGUUUGAUUACUUGAGAAUGAAAUGUUAGAGAGCAAUCUUAUUAUAGAAAAAUGAAUAAAAUGUUGAAAGUUA